AUGGCGUCCACGAACGCGGUGUCGCAACAUCACCACCGCUCCACGACCAAAACGAUUAACAAAUCGUUCAAAUCUCGCCAUUCCUCCAAGUCGGCAUUGAAAGAUCAGGCAAAGGGCAAGGUGGAAUCGUUUGAAAGAGGGCAGAGAAAGACACCGCAUCAACAAGUCAUGUCGAAGCUUGACAGGAAGAAUCAUGCAAAGCAGAUCAGGAUCAAUAAGUCGGGAGAGCGGGAGAAGGAGAGCAGUGUCUUUGCGGGUCGAGAUGGCGCUCCCAGAAUCAUUGCGGUCGUUUCGCUCUGUGAGGACGUCAACAGCGUGGAUGUGGUGCAAAGCCUGAAUGAGAGCGUCGAUGUGGCGGCGGACGUUACAACUGGCACAAUUGAGAUUCCAAGGUUCAAGCAAAAGGUGCAAUACCUGACGCCACGACGAGAUCUCUUGGAGUCCAUGGACGCAUGUCGAGUUGCGGACUUUGUGCUGUUCUUACUUAGCGCGACAGAGGAGGUGGACGAACUGGGCGAGCAGGUGUUGAAGUGCAUCGAAUCACAAGGAGUCUCCACCGUCCUGACUGGUGUGCACAACCUGGCCACCAUCGAACCGGCGAAGAGAAGACCCGAUGUCGUGAAGAGUCUCAAAAGCUUCAUCAACCACUUCUUCGCCUCGCAAGAAAAGGUUCACGACCUUGGUAAUCGACAAGAAUGCAGCAAUGUUAUGCGAAGUCUAUGCGCUACCAUGCCCAAAGGCAUAAGGUGGAGAGACGAUCGGAGUUGGAUGGUGGCUGAGAAAGUGAGAUGGGAGGGUGAAAAUGCUGUGGUGACUGGUAUCGUUCGUGGACGAGGGCUAAACGCCGAUCGACUGGUGCAGGUGGGCGAUUGGGGCGACUUUCAGAUCGAAAAGGUUACCGCCGCGCCUUUAGUCGUGCAGAGAAAAGCACAAAGGACUGAAGGCAUGGUCGUUGACGCGCCUCAGCUUGGUGAUGUCCUUCAACAGCCCUCUGAGAAUAGAGACGACCUGGUGGCGCUUGCUCCGGAGGAAAUGGCAAUGGAUGGAGAUAUGGCGGCAUCGAUCGCACCGUCAGAACGCAAAGCCGUGCUUCUGGACGACCACCACUACUUUGAUGAGGAUGACCGGGAUGACCUGACAGUACCAAAGAAACUGCCACGCGGUACUAGCAACUACCAAGCCGCGUGGUAUCUAGGUGACAUGUCCGACUCUGGCUCUGACCUCGAAGAUGUCGACUCCGAAGACGAUGGCCACCUCAGCGUGAAUGGUUUCACUGGUAUCAACCCUGCAGACGGCGAGUUUGACGAUGCCAUGGCCGAUGCCACAGAAGCUGGAGCAUCGGAGUAUCCCCAAAGCGAGGUGUUUGAUGAUCGCGCCCCGGAGGACGAGGUAGCGGAACUAGAGGCAUACCGAACGCGAAGACGAGACGAAGCGCACGACGAUCUCGAAUUCCCAGACGAAAUCGAGCUUCACCCCCAUGUCUCUGCUCGCGAGCGCCUUGCAAGGUACCGAGGGCUGAAAAGUCUGAGAAGCAGCAAGUGGGAUUUCGAAGAGGACUUGCCACAUCAACCGGAAGAUUGGUCUAGACUGCUGGAAAUUGCCGACUACAAGUCCGCCAAGAACCGCGUUCUGAAGGAGGCACUGGUGGGUGGAGUGAAGCCAGGGACCAGAGUGGAAAUCUACCUUCGAGUUCCGGAAGACCAAGUUGCGAGAUUGCAGGCCUUGCCGGAGCCAACAGCUGUCUUUUCUCUCCUGCGACACGAGCACAAGCAAAGCGCAGUCAACACGUCCAUCUCACUUUCUUCAGAUUUCGAGCGACCGCUGAAGUCAAAGGAGGAUCUUAUUCUGCAAUGCGGACCGAGAAGGCUGAUCAUCAACCCGCUGUUCAGCCAAGCUGGAAAUACACCCAACGACGUCCACAAAUUCGACCGAUACCUUCACCCCGGACGCACAGCAGUCGCGAGCUUCAUCGGCCCGGUGAUCUGGGGCAGCGUGCCAUGCCUCUACUUCAAGCGUCAAGCACAACCCAGGCCGGCCGAUGCAAUCGAAGACCUAGCCCAAAGCAUCCACGCCAAUGGCUCCCCGUCGUCCAAACUGGACUUGAUCGCAACAGGCACAUCCCUCCCGCCCUCAACAUCGCGCGUCAUCGCCAAACGCAUCAUCCUCGCCGGCCACCCGUACAAAAUCCACCGCAAACUCGUCACGAUCCGCUACAUGUUCUUCAACGCCGAGGACGUCAUGUACUUCCGGGCUCUGCAACUCUGGACCAAGCGCGGAAGGUCGGGCUUCAUCAAGGAGCCGCUGGGCACACAUGGGUACUUCAAGGCUACGUUUGACGGGAAGAUCAAUCCGCAGGAUUCGGUGGGCGUGAGUUUGUAUAAGCGGGUGUGGCCGCGGAAGGCGGCGAUGUGGCAGCCUGGAGCGGAAGUGAGUGAGGAGGUUCCGGAGCUGGUAGAGGAUGGAGGUGUUAUGAUUGAGUAG